UACACUCUGGUCACACUGAAAAGGGAGGAAAAUAAAAACAAAGAAAUUUCCAUUCCUCAUAAUAAUUAAAUCAUAACAAUAAAAUCACAACACAAUGGAGCCCAACGACGAGGUGGUGGAACGCCAGAAACUAGUGCCAAACGAUGUGGAAACUGAGGAGGAAGCCCAAAGCCAAUCAGCACCGAAAUCAGCUCCAACCCCCGCCUCGCCAGCCGUACCAAAUAUCAAAAUAAAAGGCAUAUCCAGCGGAGAGACCACACGCAGCAGAAACUCUGCAUCCUGUUCCAUCGAGCGCACCAUAUCCGAGAAGGAGAAGGAUAAGAAUCCGGGACAGGGCCAAACGACGGCCACCAAGGUGACAUAUGUGAAUGAGCGCCGGCCACGCCCACAGGCCCAUGGUGGCAGCGGUGGAGGAGGAGGCGGUGGUGACGAACGAUUCGAGUUCAAGACGCGACCAAGAAAAUUGCUCAAAGAUAGCGAUCCUUUGGCACCCACCCACAGCAGUGCUAGCAGCUUGAAUGCCAUCACUUUGGUGAGCAGCGAGUGGCUGGCACCAGAACCCUCCAUGACCACCAAAAACAACCAAAAAACACCAGAACACAACAAUAAUAAUAAUAGCAACAACAACAACGAUAGCACAAAACCCAACAAUAACAAUCACUCGAAUAAUAGUAAUCAGAAUACACCGCGAUCUCAGCGUCGCAAAAAUCCGAGUGCAUCGAUGCCAAGUGCCAGUGUCCACAGUGAAAAGUUUGAUGAUCGUCCCAUAAAACAUCAUUCAUUUGUCUCCGAAGUUCCCGAUGUGAAGCAUAUGGAGCGAGCCCUCCUGGGAUUACUGGAUGAUUUCCAUUCCGGCAAACUGAAGGCAUUUGGAUCUGGUUGCACUAUGGAUCAAAUGACCAAGAUCCGGGAGCAACAGGAGAGCCUGGCCAAAUUGCAUUUCGAGCUGGCUGCCGCCGAGGAGGAUUCCUUAGAGCACGGCAACGAGUUCAACACAAACAAGGCGCAGGAGAAUAUGCUGCAGUUGAUGCAGCGCCUGGAACAGCUAUCCAUUUCCAUUGAGCAGCUCCAGACCAGUCAUACGGGUCUCUGAGAGUUGGCCCAGCCGCAGGCCUGGCAUCCCCAACGCCUGCUCUGGCUCUGAGCACACCGAAAAAAAAAAAUAAUAAUAAUUAGUGAAGGUUUUUACACGAGAUUAGCAAGAAAGAUGUUUUUGCAGGUUGCAUUGCCCUGGUAUUUUGUGUAAAUAUUUUUAAGUUAUACUCGUAAGUGGAUGAGAUCAAUGGGCUUUUUAAUGCUAAAUAGUUUAGCAAACUCGCAGUGAUUGUGAAACUAAUUUAGAUUUGUCUUCGCAUAGCCAUAGCCGAUAGCAAUAGCAAUAGAAUUAUGGAAAUUAUAUAAAUUAGAAGGUGCCAAGGUUUGGUGCUAAAAAUUCAUUCAUUUCGAUUCGAUUUGUGUGCUGCAGGUUAUCACGGCUUCGAUACUAGUUCCCCUUAUUGUUUGUUAUAGUUAUUUGCAAUAUAAAUAUAAACACAAUUUAAUCAUACAAUUUUUACAAAACUCGGAAAACCUAUUAAAGUUAUCAUUUUUAUAAAGCA